UCUCGCUAAGGCCUCCGGUGGAGUGGACUUGUAAGCAAAAGCCCAUAAAUGACAUUUGGCGCGAAUCGCAUGUUAUUGCUUUCUCCGCCAAGGUUUUCUUCUGUCUUAUUCAAGUUUCAAUUUAAUUAAGAAAAACCCCACCAACUUCUUCUUUAAUUACGAAACCCAAAGAAACACCAUUUUCUCACACAACGUACUAACGUAGCAGUAAUUAUUCAGAACUUUUUCAACACCUGGAGAUCAGAUUUAUACAGAAACAGAAACUAAUUUCACCAUCUGUUCUUCAUUCUUUGGCCAUAAUAUUAUCUUUUCUUUAAUCCUAAUUAAUCCGUCACUCACCCAAUCCUUUGAGUUUAAAACAAAACCUCUAGAAAAAAACCAGAAUUCAAUGCAGUUCUUACAAAUGUUAAUAUUUUUCAGACUCAAUUUUUGGAAGGAUUCCUUAUACUUUUGGAAAAGUUUUCUCGGGCAUUUCCACAAACACUUUAUGAGCUUCUUAAAACCCCUCUUUGUUCAGUAUCAUCAAUUCAAACGUCGAUUCUUAACCACCACCACCAACAACAACAAAAUCUCUCUCAACCCAUUUCUCAUUUCCCCAAAAUAUCCAUAAUCUAAACCCUAGAUUUGGAGCUAAACCCCAUUCCUCUGUUUCCUUAUUCCUGUGUUUCUCGGUUUCUGGGGACCGAGAGGGUUUAGAUAAUGGCAGGUGUUUCAUCAAGAACGAAGUUUGUCACAAUGGUAGGAGACAACAAGAAGAGAGAAGAAGAAGCAGAUGAUCAUGAGUUGAAUCGGUCCAGAACGAGUCAUAGACUUCUCACUGCUGAGUUUCGUAUUGCAACGAGUUUCGAAGGAACUAAUCGAAAAAAACGUAAUGCUAGACAAAGAAGAAUCACUGUUAAUACUAACUUCUGUUUCGGCACUGCUGGUGCUGGUGGUCCUUCUUCAUCAUCUUCUUCCGGUUCUUCUCCUAUUUUGCAAACCAACUCUGAAGCUCAAACGAUUCCUUCUUUGACGCGGUCGAUUCAACCUUCCUCUGAGGUGGAAGUAAGGAGGUUGAGAUUUCUUCUCCAGAAGGAACUUAGGCAUAGCGAUGUGAGUUCACUUGGGAGAAUAGUACUUCCAAAGAAAGCAGCGGAAACAUACCUCCCUAAGCUUAAUAUCAAGGACGGGAUAUUUCUAAGCAUGGAUGACAUUAAUGGUCUGCAAGUGUGGAACUUUAAGUACAGAUUUUGGCCUAACAACAACAGCCGCAUGUAUAUUCUUGAAAAUACUGGAGAGUUCGUGAGAUUUCAUGACUUACGAAUUGGAGAUUAUAUGAUGUUGUACAUAGAUGAUCAAAGCCAAAAAUUUAUCAUUCGUGGUAGAAAGGCUUCGGAUCAGGAUAUAUACUCUGACUAUAGAAGGAAUGGCUUUGACAGUAGUAACUUUCAGUUUUCUCUGGAUUCGGAAGUAAAUAAAUCAAACUACUUUUAUGUAAAUUGCCCAACAAUAGAUGAGAUGGGUAUGUCGUACUUCUUCAACGACACAAUUCCAGAUCAUUUUCCUCUGGAAGUUCCAGGUGCAACAUUGCCAAAUUUUCAAAGCCUUGAACCAGUUACAGGUUUUGGAUCUGUGGAUAACCUGUCUCUUGAUGACUUCCCUUGACAUUUCAUCUCCUUCGAUUUUCAUGGUAGCGUUAAAACAGUAGGUAAAGUUAUAAGUAUGAAAAUGACAAGGUUCCUUCCUUCAUGACCAGACUUUUAAGCUUAUAUAAUUGUAUAUUUUGUUCAUCUCUGUUUAUGGGACUGGAUAUGUAUGUUAUCUUGUGUUUCUUUCUAGCCUCAUGUUUAAUAAAACAGU